CCGGGUCCCCUCCUCUCCCGCCGCUCCCGGCCCCCCUCCGCCCCGGAGUCCGAUGGCGGCGGCCGCGCGGAGGGAGCCGGCUCAGGGCAGUGUGACCUUUGAAGAUGUGGCCGUGUACUUCUCCUGGGAGGAAUGGAGUCUCCUUGAUGAGGCUCAGAGACGCCUGUACCAGGAUGUGAUGCUGGAGAACUUGGCACUUAUAACCUCCUUGGGUUGUUGGCAUGGAGCAGCGGAUGAGGAGGUACCUGCCAAGCAGAGCAUUUCUGUAGGAGGAGUGUCACAGGUGAGGACUCCCAAGGCAGGUGUGUCUCCCCAGAAGGCCCAUUCUUGCGAGAUAUGUGACCCAGACUUGAGAGACAUUUUGCACUUGAGUGAGCACCAGGAAACACAUUGUGGGCAGAAGCUGUACAGAAUUGGGGCAUGUGAGAAACAAUUGUGUUUCAGUGCAAAACCUCAGCCCCAGAAGCAGCACACUGGAGAGACAUGCUUCAGAAGCAACGUGGGCAGAGCCUCAUUUGUGAAGGACUGCAAAUUCUGUGUGUCAGGGAAGCCAUUUUCCUGUGAGGAGGUUGUGAGGGACAUUGUGGCCAGCUUGAGAUUUCUCCAGCAUCAGGCCACACACACCAGGGAGAAGUCAAACAGGAGAACUGAAUGUGGGGCAGCCUUUCAUGGGGGAAACACUCAAUACAACUUUGGAGAAUGCACAAAAGCCUUCGAUUGCAAACACAUACUUGUUCAGCCCCAGAGAGUCCUCUCUAGAGAAAGAAGCUACACGUGCAGUGAAUGUGGGAAAUCUUUUAGCAAGAGCUACAGCCUCAGUGACCAUUGGAGAGUUCACACUGGGGAAAAGACUUAUGAGUGUGGGGAAUGUGGGAAAUCUUUUAGGCAAAGCUCUAGCCUUCAACACCAGAGAGUUCACACUGGAGCAAGGCCUCACAAGUGUGAUGAAUGUGGAAGAUUAUUUAGCAACAAGUCCAACCUCAUUAAGCAUCGGAGAAUUCACGGAGAAGGGCCAUAUGAGUCUAGUGAAUGUGGGAAAUCUUUUAGCGAAAGCUCUGCACUCCUUCAACACCAGAGUGUUCACACUGGAGAAAGGCCUUAUGAGUGCAGUGAAUGUGGGAAAUUCUUUACCUGCCACUUCACUCUGAUAAAACACCAGAGAGUUCACUCUGGAUCAAAGCCCUAUGAGUGCAGUGAAUGUGGAAAAUCCUUUACUGAAAACUUCAGCCUCAAUAAACACCAUAGAAUUCAUAGUGGAGAAAGGCCUUAUAAAUGCAGUGAAUGCGGGAAAUCUUUUAGCCAAAGUUCACAUCUCAUUCAACAUGGAAGACUUCAUACUGGAGAAAGGCCUUAUGAGUGCAGUGAAUGUGGGAAAUUCUUUACUUACAGCUGCAGUCUCUUAAAACACCAGAGAGUUCAUACUGGAUCAAGGCCCUAUGAGUGCAGUGAAUGUGGGAAAUCCUUUACUCAAAACUCCAGCCUCGUUGAACACCGUAGAGUUCAUAGUGGAGAAAAGCCUUAUAGGUGCAGUGAAUGUGGGAAAUCUUUUAGCCAAAGAUCUGCGCUUCUUCAGCAUUGGAGAGUUCACACUGGAUCAAGGCCUUAUGAGUGCAGUGAAUGUGGGAAAUCCUUUACUCAAAACUCUGGCCUCUUUAAACACAGGAGAGUUCACACUGGAGAAAGGCCUUAUAAGUGCAGCAAAUGGGGGAAAUCUUUAAGCAACAGCUCUGGCCUCAUUAAACAUUGAAGAGUUCAUGCUGGAAAAAGGCCUAAUGAGUGCAGUGAAUUUGGGAAAUCAUUUAGCUGUAGCUCCAACUUCAAUGACCACUAGAGUGUUCACACUGGAGAAAGGUUUUAUGUAUUUGAAUGUGGGGAAUUAUUUACCUACAACUCCAGGCUCCUAAAACACUGUACCUUCAGAUUGGACAAAGGCCUUAUGAGUGUGUCAAAUGUGGGAAAUCGUCUAGCCUCGUUACACUCCAGAGACUUCACAGUGAAAAAGGCCUAAUAAGUGCAGUGUAUGUGAGAAAGGCUUCAGCCAAAGGACUUACCUCAUUGGAUACCACAAGUUUCAAAUGAGAGAAAUAGCAUAAAUGUGCAGGUAUAUACUAUUUCUUUGUUCAGUGCAACAACACUGGAAGAGAGCCCUUACAAAGGUGCCAUUUGCCUGUAUUGAACCUCAUACAUCCGAACGUCCACGUAAAUUCCAGGUAUGUGGGAGCUGCACUGCACUUUUUAACCUGCCCAGGGCCAUUGCCAGAUUUAUGUCACUGCUGGUUCUUUAGCAGAGGCCAUUUCACCUCUACCACCUGGCAGGUGCCCACAGUGGGCAACAUUCAUCCAUCUCAGUGUGUUCAGGGAAGUAAACCCCAGCGUUCUCCCAUUUGUGGGACUAUGCAUGAAUAGCCUGAGCACUUACUCUUUCCCCAUUUUUUUCACUUCUGAUGAGUUAGGGCAUAGACCUUACCCAGUUUUGGCCUAGAGGACUCUGUUGGUGAUUUGGAAAGAUGGACUACAUUUUUCAGGAUAUUAUUGGUCUCGUGAGACUCUAGCAAUGGAAUUUUCCAGCCUCCAAAUCACCAACCCGGGAACAGUCUGCCUCCCAUUGCUCUUGUUUGUAUGAUAAUAAAGGUCUUAUUGUUUCAGCCACCAUUAA